CGCGCGGCCUGGGCUCGCGCUGGGCUCCGCGCGCCCCCCGCCCCCUCUAUGAGGCAGAGGCCGCGGCGGCCGUUAGCGCUGUCGCUCCGGGGGCCGCGGCGGGCGGGGCUCCGGCGGGGCCCGGCCUAGUCCCCACCCAGCCCGGCUCCCAGCCGCCCGCCCUCCCUCCCUCACCCCGAUGCAGGGGGCCGAGCUCCGGGACGGCGAGGCUGCGGCGGCGGCGGCCGCUUCGUACCGGGUCCUGAGCCGCCUCCUCGGCUAUGGAGAGGCGGCCCCCGAGCCAGGCCCGCCGCCGCCGCCCCCGGGCCAUGGCCCGUCGCCUCCACCGUUCCUCGCGCGGCCCGGCCCGCGGGGUGCCCGGCCGCCGCAGCUGAUGGUGUUCCGCAACGUGGGGCGGCCGCCGGAGGAGGAGGACGCGGAGGCGGCCUCGGAGCCGGGACCCUCGGAACUGCUGUGUCCCCGGCACCGCUGUGCACUGGAUCCCAAGGCCCUGCCGCCGGGCUUGGCGCUCGAGCGGACCUGGGGUCCCGUGUCUGGACUAGAGGCGCAGCUGGCGGCUUUGGGGCUCGGGCAGCCGGCGGGGCCGGGGGUCAAGACUGCCGGCGGAAGCUGCUGCCCGUGCCCGUGCCCCCCGCAGCCCCCGCCGCCGCAGCCCCCGCCGCCUGCUGCCGCCCCGCAGGCCGGGGAGGACCCCACGGAGACGAGCGACGCGCUGCUGGUCCUAGAAGCCUUGGAAUCGGAGGCCGAGAGCCUGGAGACUAACAGCUGUUCAGAAGAGGAGCUCAGCAGCCCGGGCCGUGGAGGAGGAGGGGGUGGCCGGCUUCUGCUACAACCCCCGGGCCCCGAACUACCCCCGGUGCCCUUCCCGCUGCAGGACUUGGUCCCUCCAGGGCGCCUGAGCCGAGGGGAGCAGCAGCAGCAGCAACCUCCCCCACCGCCGCCGCCUCCCGGGCCCCUCCGGCCCCUCGCGGGCCCUUCUCGAAAGGGCUCCUUCAAAAUCCGCCUCAGUCGCCUGUUUCGCACGAAGAGCUGCAACGGCGGCUCGGGCGGUGGGGAUGGGACCGGCAAGAGGCCUUCUGGAGAUCUGGCAGCUUCAGCUGCGAGCCUCACGGACAUGGGAGGCUCUGCGGGCCGGGAGCUGGACGCGGGGAGGUGCUGUGUGACUCCCUCAGGUGAGACAGUGUCGCUUGUGGAUGUGGACAUUUCUCAGCGGGGCCUGACCUCUCCACACCCUCCAACUCCCCCUCCUCCUCCAAGAAGAAGCCUCAGCCUCCUAGAUGAUAUCAGUGGGACGCUGCCUACAUCUGUCCUUGUGGCUCCGAUGGGGUCUUCCUUGCAGUCUUUCCCCCUACCUCCGCCUCCUCCACCCCACGCCCCAGAUGCAUUUCCCCGGAUUGCUCCCAUCAGAGCAUCAGAAUCCCUGCACAGCCAGCCCCCUCAGCACCUCCAGUGUCCCCUCUACCGGCCUGACUCAAGCAGCUUUGCAGCCAGCCUUCGAGAGCUGGAGAAGUGUGGUUGGUAUUGGGGGCCUAUGAAUUGGGAAGAUGCAGAGAUGAAGCUGAAAGGGAAGCCAGAUGGUUCUUUCCUGGUACGAGACAGCUCUGAUCCUCGUUACAUCCUGAGCCUCAGCUUUCGAUCACAGGGUAUCACCCAUCACACUAGAAUGGAGCACUAUAGAGGAACCUUCAGCUUAUGGUGCCAUCCCAAGUUUGAGGAUCGCUGUCAGUCUGUGGUAGAGUUCAUUAAGAGAGCCAUCAUGCACUCCAAGAAUGGGAAAUUUCUCUAUUUCUUGAGAUCCAGGGUUCCAGGACUGCCACCAACACCAGUACAGCUGCUCUAUCCAGUGUCCAGAUUCAGCAAUGUCAAGUCCCUCCAGCAUCUUUGCAGAUUCCGGAUUCGGCAGCUUGUGCGAAUAGAUCAUAUCCCGGAUCUCCCACUGCCUAAACCUCUGAUCUCUUACAUUCGAAAGUUUUACUACUAUGAUCCUCAGGAAGAGGUAUACCUGUCCCUAAAGGAAGCGCAGCUCAUUUCCAAACAGAAGCAAGAAGUGGAGCCCUCCACGUAGCAGCGAGGGCCUCUGCUGUUCAGCAUAAGAAGGUGUUUUGAUUGCCAAGCUCCAGUUUGAAGAACCAAAUGAAGCUACCACAAAAGAAGAACUUGGCAGAAAGAGAGAAUAGAGAGGGUUGUGAUUCCCGGCACAGACUUUGGUUAAACUGCUGCUCUGGGGCUUCAAAGAAGCACACAACCAUCCUCCAAGUGGGGCUCCCUGUUCUACCCAACCCUGUGCCACCCCAGAGAUGAGCUCCUUGGAAAACUGGAAGAAGUCUUAACACUGUUUCUUUUCACAAGUUAUGUUUUGAUAUUUACAUUUCUCAGUGUAGAAAACUCAGUCAAAGGCAGCUGGGGUUUGUACCCAUUGAAAUGAAAGUGGUGUUGGGAUGAGCAGGUCAGAGGAAAGGGGAGGGGAGGGCUGGUGGGUCGGCUGGUGCCAAAGGCAGCAUUGAAAUCUUUUCCAUGACCCUGGGGGAAGAGCAGGGGAGCCAGAGACAUAAAAAAGAAUGAGAUUGGUAGUUUCUGAGGAAAGGCGUCUGAUUCUCAUCUCCAGCUUCGGUAGGAGAUGAGUGAAGGGGUGAUGGGUAAAGAGAAACUGGCUGGUCUUGUUGCUGGAGGAAUAGUGACUCCCCACUCCUUUCCUUUAAGGGUUACAAAGCUGAUUUCAGAACCGCCUCUCAUGGAAUCGGUGUUCAUUUUGUUGUGCUAAAUUCCUUAAGCUCAGUGACCCGAGGCAAACCCAGUUUUCCCUCCAUCCUCACCCUUUCCCCCCUCAUAACUGUACAUUUCCCUUUGGUUAUAACAACACCCCAUUGCUUCUGCCAGCUGUCAAGGCAGGAGUGUUUCUUGUCACCUGGGCAGUUCAGAGCUCCAGUCCUGGGCUGCUGAGGUUAAUGGCACAUGCUUCCAGGUUCUUCAUGGCAAAGCAUACCUACAGCUGAGGAGUCAGUGUUCCCCCAUCUGUCAGCUAGUGAGAGGAAAUGUGGAAGGAGUGAGAAACAGCUAUUGUGCUUUUAAAGGAGCCUGCGUGUCUCAGCCUUAAUGGGAUUUCCAUAGAGCAGAAAGAGUCUCACGAUCAUAGAUUUAUCAUUGUCAUCCCACCUCUGGGAUGGGAGGUGGCAAGGGCUUCCUCAUUUUCCCAUGUUCAUUCUUGCAACCCAGAUAUUUCCUGAGUCAGACCGCAUUGCCCUUCCUUUCCUGGGAAGUCUAUCAGAUGCUAGUUUGAAAGUUGCCUGUUUUCCAGAUGGAUGUGAAGAGAGGGAAGAAUGUCAGUGCUUGAGUUGUCUGUCUGAAGCCUGCCGUGGCUCUCCUGCAGUUACUCUGGAAGAAGUAGCGGUCAAGAUGAACAGUGUAUUUGUGGGUCUUCUUUACUCUCCUCUAGUGUUCCAUGUGACAGCCUUCGAGUUCUCUCUGCUUGUAUCUGCCUUAUAUGACAAACUGAACAUCAUCAGGUCUGGAGUUCGGGUGGUUUAGGGUGAAGCCCUGUGUCUUGGAAAAUUAGAAAACUGUAUCUUCUGGAAAGUGGCCUGUGGGCUCCUCUGCAUGGAAUCGCCUUCUUCCUCCUUUAGCUAAACAGAAAGGGAAUGAGCUUCCUCAACUGGCUGGAAAGAAAUGAACUGUGUGCGUGUCAGUCUAGCCCACUUCUGACAUGUCUCAUGGUACCCUUUUCCUCCUUGACUUCAUAUGACCAACAGCAUAAGAUCAGAGAUUGGUGUACCUGUAAGCCCUGCCUCUGGAGGGUACAGGUCACUCACCAUCAUAUAUACAGAAAGGGCUGUUCUGCAGUAGAGCCCCAAAUCUAGAAUCCAUAGAGAUCUUCAAGUGGUUUUGGAAGGGAUUCUUUCUCCAACUUCAGCCACUCAUAAUUUAAAAAUUAGUGUUCAUCUUGUGUUUGCAUGACUCUGAGCUAGGUAGCGUGGAAGGACAUAUGAGGUGGAAGACAAGACCCCUUCCCUGAGGGAACUGUAAAGUGACUGUUGCAUGUGAAGGAACACUCAUUGCAGCGGGAGAUCCGGGGCCAUCGAGAAGAUAGAGUGGGUGUGAUCAGGGUAGACCAGAUGGUCUAGGAAAGCUCUGUGGUGAUGAGGCUUUGGGUUGUAGGCGAGGGCAGUGAAACAGAACACUCAAACUAAAGUACAGGAAGAGAAAUCUGCAUGACACGUGUGCAGCUACCUUAAAUAGCAUCAGAAUCCUACUUGACUGCAAAGGUCUAGAUCGAAAUUCCCCAGUAGUUGCACAGGUCUGAAGGCUAAGGGGGUGCGAGGGUGUGGUGGAGGAUAAGACCAGAAGUCAGCAGACACCUCUGUGGUCCUGGGGUUACCAGUGGAGAAUUUAUAUGCUCAGGUGCAAACCAGACCUGCUACAGAGCAUGGGCAGCCUCACCCUUUGUGUCCUGGGAAAGUGGGUUGCACUGUGCUCACAAUUCUGCAUGUAUUUCAGACACAGACCCUUUCUUGGCAGAAUGGGCUGCAAAACAGCAGUGUAGGAGACAGCUCCAUGAGGCCUGGCUUGGCACAUGGGAGCCUUGGGUAGAAGAGAGUGGUUGGGGAGAGCAGUACUGUAGGCUGCCUGGAGAAGGGAGCAGGAACAAGGCCAGAAGCCAGCAUUGGCCUUCACCCUUUGCCCAUGCUGCGCAGUUGUAGUGGAAAUGCAGUCCACUUGUCUUUGGUGGUUAUGUGCCAAUCACAGACCAGGGAAGGCUGUCGCUAGAGACCUGCUGUGGAGCUGUGGUUGGGGGUCACUACUCCCAGACCCGGCCUGUAACCUUCCUCGAGACGGGUAUGUGCCAGUGUGAGCUAGUGACAGCCACUGCUGCAACCUGUUAUUACUUGAAAUGCUGCCUGUGCCAGUAGCAUAGGCAUGGGGGAGCAGGGGCUGGGCUGUGGGGUCCAGCUGUCCUGGUUUGAUGUUUAGGCUGAUCAUGGCCUUGUCUCCUGCUUAUGCCAAGGUGAAGAAAAUGUAGAUGGCAGUGCCAGCCUCUUGAAAAAGCUCUGAAGUGUCCCAUAGUUUCCGGUUUCUCCUUUCCUACUGUCACUUAGGCUGAGCUGCUGUUUGAGCCAAGCAGGGAGUGAUGGGAUGGCUACACAUUCCCUUCUGAUGCCGCUCCCGUAAGGAGUAGGGAACAGUUCAGAGUACAGCCCCAGGGAGCCUGCCCCAUGCUCCUAGAAGGGCAUGGCCUUCUUGAAUCCCCUAUCCCAGUGGGAAGUAGGGAUAGGAGAAAUUUCCCCAGGUAAGAUAUUUUCCUUCCUUGUUGCCUCUCCUGAUUUUUGAGCCCAGGAGUCAGAGGUCAAGUCACUGAGAUGUAAGGAGCAAGGUCUAGAAGUGUAUGUGUGUCCUCAUUUGUAGAAGUCUUGUCUGCAGUUGGGAUGUUGGGAUAUCUCCACUGGCGGGGACUAGGAUUUGUUUUCCACUUUAAGAGAAUGGCAUGCCCCCUGUGUGGAGGGGAGGAGCUUUGAGUUAGACAUUUUCCCUAUGGGAAUCCUCUUGGUCUGGUUUGUGGGAAGAGGGGAGUGGAUACGUGGUUUUUAUUUCUAGUCAUCAGCACAGCUGUCCUUACACUGAAUUUGUGCUAUUGCAUACAUGUAGCCAUCUUUCUUUUCACUGCAGCAGUGUUUAUCAGUAGUUCAAAAUGAUUUAUUUGCUCCUGGGGAGUAAAAUCUUUUUUAUUAAAAAGGAAAAAAAAAAAAAGAAAAAAAAAGAAAGAAAGGUGUGCCCCAUUAUGAUAGCUGUAGAAUUACUGGUCCACAAGAAUCAAGUCUGCAAGUCCCCAUGCAUGGUACAUCCUGUUUUGGCAUUGGAGCCUUUUGUGCUCGAUACAGUGUGCCAGGAGGCCUUCCUUUAACAAGUGGAGAAGAACGUUUUGGGGAGCGAGAUGGGACUGAAUCACCGAGAGGGCUCUGGGGACUCGGUGCUGCAGUUGAAAAUAGAGUACCGAUUCAGUAAUCUGCCAGAGGAGGGAACCUUUCUUUUUGUGCAGAUUUCAUGUGUCCGUGACCUUUCAUUGCUUCCUGGUGUCCUGGUAAGGGUCAUCUAGUCUCUUCUGGCGUCCCUCUUGUCUUUCCUGUCCUUUGUCCUGUCCCUUCCCACUUCAUCUACCUCCCAGAAAGCCAAUCCUGCAUGCUGAGUUUGUGACAUGCCUUCACUCCCAUUUCAUCUUCAGAGGGUUUAAGAGGGUCCCUGGAGCUGCUCCCUGCCCCUCCGAUCCUCCUCACAAUGCUCGAGGCGUCAAGGAGCAAACAAAAGCAGCCAGCUGUAGCGGGCACACAGCAACAGUGGAUCGCAGCUGGACUGCGAUGGCAGCUGCUUCUGGAGACAGAUAGGGAAAACAAGACAGUCUUCUUCAGCCCCCUUGGGUGUGACCCCCAUUGUGCACACAGCUCAGUGGACAGUGGCCUGGUCUGACCACUCCAUCCCUGGUGCUCCCAAGAGGGACAGGCAAGAUCCAGGCACCGACCUGGGCAGGCCAGACAUUGGGAUGCCCACACUGGUGCUGCAUGGCACAGGCACUGCUGUGCAUUCUGGUGGUUUUUCAGAAACUGCGUGCUGAGGGGUGUCAUUCUGGACUCAGUGGUUAGGGGGUUCUUCACUAGAGGGGAGCCAUACCCCUGCAACCACUCUGUUCUGCUCAGCCACCCCUGUCCUCUGAGCCAAAGCCUGGCCUGGUUUUUGUCUUCCCAUUUAGUUUUCCUUCUUAUUCUCCCUUUUUGUGCUUAAUUUAUUAAAAUAGUUGCUGUAUAAUUUAUUUUCAUAAAGUAUAAAAAAUAACUAAAUGGUUAAAAUAGACUUGCAGGCCAAUCUUAAAUGGGUGGGGGGUCUGGGGUGGGAUGGGGAGAGGAAAAGAUGUUUUGAUAUAAACAAAACAAAUGCACUUUGGGUGUGUUGGUAUUUUUCUGGGCAUAGAGGGGCGGGUGUUGGGAUGUCCCUGUAGAUUAGUUCCAGAAUGGGGUGUCUGUAAAUACUGUAUCAAUAGGCAUGUUGACUCUUGUAAAGGGACAUUAGUAGCUGCUGCAGGUCCUGUUUGGAAACCCUGUGUAUAAUUCCCGGUUUUUUGUAAGUGUCAGUGCGGGAGACAUUUGACUCUUGUGUUUGUAUCUCCUUUUUAUGAUUGCUGUACCGACCCAUGUCUUUUUGGGGAGGGAUGAAAAGAGAUUUGAAAUAAAAAUGUUUAGAAAUGA